AGUGGCCACUGUGGCUGGAAAGUGCUAACAACACGAUGCAAUGAAGCACACAUCCCACCUUGGGUGGCCACACCUCAUGGCCUGGACUUUGCCUGACCUGGGUAGGCAAGUGAAGCAGGCUGUGCCCCGCAAGCCAGAGGUGCCAGGGCUUGCUCAUUCAGUUCCAGCCACAGCCACUGUGCCCAGGAUGACCUGGGAGCUGCACCUGCUGCUUCUGCUGGGGCUGGGACUCGGGUCCCAGGAGGCCCUACCGCCACCCUGUGAGAGCCAGAUCUACUGCCAUGGGGAGCUCCUUCACCAAGUUCAGAUGGCAAAGCUCUACCAAGACGACAAGCACUUUGUGGACAUGUCGCUGGCCACGUCUCCAGAGGAGGUCCUGCAGAGAUUCAGCGAGCUGGCCAUGGCACACAACCACAGUAUCCCCAGGGAACAGCUUCAGGAGUUUGUCCAGCGUUACUUCCAGCCUGUGGGACAGGAGCUGCAGUCCUGGAUCCCAGAAGACUGGACAGACAGCCCUCAGUUCCUGCAAAAGGUCUCAGAUGCCAAGCUGCGUGCCUGGGCGAAGGAACUGCACCAGAUCUGGAAAAAGCUGGGAAAGAAGAUGAAGCCAGAACUUCUCAUCCACCCCGAGAGGUCCUCCCUGAUCUACUCAGAACACCCCUUUAUUGUACCUGGAGGGCGUUUCGUCGAAUUCUACUACUGGGAUUCCUACUGGGUGAUGGAAGGUCUGCUUCUCUCCGAGAUGGCCUCAACGGUGAAAGGCAUGCUACAGAACUUUCUGGAUCUGGUGAAGACCUACGGACAUAUCCCCAAUGGUGGACGUGUGUAUUACCUGCAACGGAGCCAACCCCCACUCCUGACUCUCAUGAUGGACCUAUACGUGACUCACACCCAGGAUGUCAGCUUCCUGCAGGAGAACAUUGGAACCCUAGCCUCGGAGCUGGACUUCUGGACUGUGAACAGAACUGUCUCUGUGAGCUCAGGAGGGCAAAGCUAUGCCUUGAACCGUUACUAUGUCCCUUAUGGGGGACCCAGGCCAGAGUCCUACAGUAAGGAUGAGGAGCUGGCGAACACUGUGUCAGAAGGGGACCGAGAGACUCUGUGGGCUGAGCUUAAGGCUGGGGCUGAGUCUGGCUGGGACUUCUCUUCACGCUGGCUUGUCGGAGGCCCAAGCCCUGAUUUGCUUAGCAGCAUCCGAACCAGCAAAAUGGUACCUGUCGACCUGAAUGCUUUCCUGUGCCAAGCAGAGGAACUGAUGAGUCACUUCUACUCUAGACUAGGGAACGACGCCCAGGCCACAAAGUACAGAAACCUACGGUCCCAGCGCUUGGCCGCCAUGGAGGCCGUCCUGUGGGACGAGCAGAAGGGAGCCUGGUUCGACUAUGACUUGGAAAAAGGGAAGAAGAACCUGGAGUUUUACCCCUCCAACCUCACCCCACUCUGGGCUGGCUGCUUCUCAGACCCUAGCGCCAUUGACAAGGCUCUGAAAUACCUGGAGGACAACCAGAUCUUGACCUACCAGAAUGGGAUCCCGACUUCUCUUCGCAACACGGGCCAGCAGUGGGAUUUCCCCAAUGCCUGGGCCCCCCUGCAGGACCUGGUCAUCAGAGGUUUGGCCAAGUCAGCUUCCCCACGGACUCAGGAGGUGGCUUUCCAGCUCGCCCAGAAUUGGAUCAGAACCAACUUCAAAGUCUACUCCCAAACGUCAGCAAUGUAUGAGAAGUAUGACAUGAGCAACGGUGGACAUCCAGGUGGAGGAGGGGAGUAUGAAGUUCAGGAAGGAUUUGGUUGGACCAACGGAGUGGCUCUGGUGCUUCUGGACCGCUAUGGCGACCAGCUGACUUCAGGGACCCAGUUGGCUUCCCUGGGACUCCACUCCCUAGUGGCUGCCCUUCUUGUCAACCUUCUGCCAUGGUGAUCACAAGGAAAAGAAUGGCCUCCCUGUGGGAACUUCCUCCACUGGCUCCACACUUCCCUUCUCCUGCCUCACACCCCCACCUCCCAGCUGUCCUGUUCACAGCGCACCGGGACAAGAAGUGAUCAGGAGGUCAAGACUGGGGACCAGAUUCCCUCCGGUAGCCUGCACUAGGGUGGAAAGCCCUACUCCCGAGAAGACUGAAUCCAAAUGCCUGAAGCACCCCACAGGGUACCACAUACAACCUGGACUUCCACACACACG